CAAAUAAUACUUAUUGUGAAGUUUUAAAGGCCGGAACAGACUUUCUGGAACCAUAUAACGGAGGUUUUUUGUCAUUUCCGGAAGACAUUUAAUGUUGCUCCAGUGUCUGCUUAGCACAACUAUUUUGCCUGUGGUAUUCACUUCUUUGUAGAAAAGAAAUAUUAGUUUUAAGUGUAUUUGUCUACCUCAACUGUCACGACAUGGCAGGAAACUUUUGGCAAAGCUCUCAUUACCUCCAGUGGGUCCUGGAUAAACAAGACUUGAUGAAAGAGCGACAGAAGGACCUGAAGUUUCUUACGGAAGAGGAGUACUGGAAGCUGCAGAUCUUCUUUGCUAAUGUGAUCCAGGCUUUGGGGGAGCACUUGAAGCUGCGGCAACAGGUCAUUGCUACUGCAACCGUCUACUUCAAACGCUUCUAUGCCAGAUAUUCCUUAAAAAGUAUAGACCCAGUGCUCAUGGCUCCUACUUGUGUUUUCCUGGCUUCCAAAGUUGAGGAAUUUGGAGUUGUAUCUAAUACCCGGCUGAUCUCUGCAGCAACAUCUGUGUUAAAAACACGAUUUUCUUAUGCCUUUCCAAAAGAGUUCCCUUACAGAAUGAAUCAUAUAUUAGAAUGUGAGUUCUACCUUCUGGAGUUGAUGGACUGCUGCCUGAUUGUGUACCACCCCUACAGACCCCUCUUACAGUAUGUGCAGGAUAUGGGACAGGAAGACAUGCUGCUUCCUCUGGCCUGGCGUAUAGUGAAUGACACAUACAGGACAGAUCUGUGUCUGCUCUACCCUCCAUUUAUGAUUGCCCUGGCUUGUCUGCAUGUCGCCUGUGUGGUACAGCAGAAAGAUGCCAGGCAGUGGUUUGCAGAGCUCUCUGUUGACAUGGACAAAAUCUUGGAGAUAAUCCGUGUCAUUCUGAAGCUCUAUGACCAGUGGAAAAACUUUGAUGACAGAAAAGAGAUAGCUGCGGUGCUGAACAAGAUGCCUAAGCCCAAACCUCCUCCGAACAGUGAGAGUGACCAGAGCUCCAACGGGAACCAAAGCAACUCCUAUAGCCAGUCUUAGCCUGGUGACCGCACUCCUCUGGAAUCCAUAAUGUCACACAGCACAACCUUAGUGAUUUUGGCUUGAAAAAAGAAAAUCACACCUUUUCAGCAGACCAAGAUGUCCCUUAUCUUUGACUGAGACCUCAGAAAAGUCUGAGCGAUGUCUUCACUUUCCCCUACUCUGAUCUUUAUGGGUUUUUGGGUUGAGCGAGCAGCCACUGAGACACCUGCAGUGAAUAGCCCAUCAGUGUCAACAAGGAGCUGUUGUCAUCUCUCUGGGGCCAUUCUGCUCUGUUUCAGACUUGAAAUGAACUAAAACUGAGGAACAUUUGGGGGGUGACGAGGGGAGCUAGGAAUAUGGGGUAAGCUGAUGGGAGAACUGUAGAGGUAGAAACUUGUCAUUGUGGCGAUCCUGACAUCCUUGAACAGCCCCAAGGAGCGAGUUGUUUCACACGGAGCUCUGUGGGAUUUGUGAAAACUUGAUCACAAGUACUGUGCGUGCAUGAUUGUGUAUGUAUGUGGACAACAUAUGAGUGGCCAGUGUGGGUGAGUUUUCAUUCCUCAGGGACUAUUUUUACAGUAGUCUACUCGGUAAAAUAACUUGAUUGUGUGCUGUUUAAUGAGUGGAUCUGAUUGGAUGUCACCCUGUGUGACUGUGAUGUGUUUGGAUACCCCUGCCGUCUAAGGGUCUGUGUUGACUGAUCAUAAACUGUGGCAGGAGAAAUCCCAAGAGAAGCUCCUCUUUAGGGCAGAAAGUAGCUCAUUUAAUGUAAGAAUUUGUUUUGAAUCAUGGCACCUCCACCUCCUCCCUCCCAUCCCCUCUUCACUUUUGUAAAUAGCCUUAUAAUUCCGCUCAUUUAUUUUAUCUUUCAUCUUUUUUGCUUAAUUGAGGAAACUGAACUUUUGGAAAUUAUGAGCUGGUUUAGUUUUUUACUUGUGCUUUGGAUGAAUGUUCCCCAUUUGUUUUGCUGAUAAUGUUUGCCUUCUGCAAAGCUUAUUCUUUGUCAUGUUUCAUUUAAAUGCAAAUUACAAUCAUUCUAGAUUUCUCUGCAAACAUAUGGUUUUAAUUUCUUUUUUUUCUACUUUCUGCCAUCUAUUUAAUCAUUGAAUUGUGGCAGUAUGCAUGUGCUGUAGAUAUCUACCUGUAGAUACUGUAUGUCUAUAUUUUUGUGACCUAAUACAGUGAGAGCUGUUGGGCUCUACUCAAAACAAGGUGCUUGAAAGCCUUACAAAAUAAAAGCUGCUGGUUACAAAGAAA